ACUGUCAUUGUUGUUCUUUAACUGUUUCUUUUUCAUCAUGGAUACUUGGAUUGAAGUAGUUGUCCCAUGCAGGGCACUCAAGGAGGAGAAGUAUGCUGCACGCAGAGCAAUAUUGCCCUUGCUUCAGGCCGAAGAAGAUGAAAGAUUUGUCAAAGAGUGGAAGAAAUAUCUUGAAUAUGAGGCUGAAGUAAUGAAAGAUGUUCCCGGAUGGAAGGUUGGUGAAAGUGUCUAUAAUUCUGGGAGAUGGAUGCCCCCAGCGACUGGUGAGCUCCGACCUGAUGUCUGGUGACAUUGUUUCCCCAUCUUUGUUUUUGUGCUGCAUCUCUACGGUGAAAUGUUUUUCUGUUCCAUUCAAGCAAGCUUGAUGACACUGCUUUGUCUUGUUCCAUCCUAGAGAAAUAAAUAUGUAGCAAGAAGCCGAGUUUAAUGUGUUGAAAUUCGAAAUACAUCUUAAUGUACACCCCAUAUUUCAUCUUAUCAUCAAUAGACAUCAUUUUCAAUC